AUGUCGAACUUUAUGCACAAGGUAAAGGACGCCGUGACCGAGAGCCACGAUAGAGACAGAGUGCCCAACUCCGAAGUUCCAGGAGCACACAACACGUACAAAUCCUCGAAUCCCUACACAAAGGAUCCUGUUGCGAGCCAAAACAAUCCAUCGAUGAUGGAUCACGAAUCAGGACCCGGAACUAACAGACUUGGCAAUCAUGGCGGAGCUAGAGGACCUGAUACAUACAGCUCGGCCACCACAGGGGCCAAUACAGUCAAUUCUGGACCUCACAACUCGAAGUUAGCCAACAAGCUUGACCCUCGUGUGGAUAGUGAUCUUGACUUGGAAGAUCAUCGAGCCCAGAAUGCAGGCACCAUGGGAUCGCAAAAUCUCGGCGCUGCCCCUCAGGGAAUGAACGCCGGUAACAUGGCUACUGGUGAAAAACCUCGUGUCUUCGGUUCCGACAAUCAUACGUCCAAUGAGGAUAACUACAGCAAGUCUACGCAAGAGCACAAGACUCAUACUCAGCCCAGUGUCCCCGGUUCAGGCAAUCAGGUCACCAGUGAGGAUACCUCCAGUAGCUCCUCGCAGGAACACAAAUCACACUCUAGCACUACCCAUACCACACCUUGUCAGAUGAAUCCUCGUCCUGAGCCGGGUCUUGAAGGUCGCGCUAUGCAACCAGAGUUUGGCGGCGGUGCAGCUGGAGGCAGUAGCUAUACCCAACCACCCGUCCGAGAGCCAGCUGGUAUGCAGAACACCAAUCGCAUGGGUAAGGCUGACCCUCAAGUCCAGGGUAUGGGUUAUGAACAGAAUGAUUUGGCGAACCAGAGAAGUGCAUAUUAA